AUGGCGCCGGAUCAACUCGAAAUCCUUAUCGACUCGUUGAAUUCGGAAGCGGAACACCUCAAAGAGAAGAUCAACGAGUUGUCAACAAAAGUUCGGAGUUUUCCCGCUGGGAUGCGAUCGAUAUCACAGUGUUGCAGGCAGUACUGGCAAAUACCCGGUAUACCAUCGAUAUUGGUCGAAUCCGUAGAGAGUUCUGGUCUAUGGAAUCCUGCAUGCAAUGUAGAGGAGACGUGCUCAAAGGAUCCACCAGAGUUGACAGCACCGUCAUUCCUUCAUCCGGAUGUGUUCGCAUGUGUCGAAGACCUCGUUGACGAUGUGGUGACUGGUCGCCCACAUGCAGAACGACGGAAGCGAAAGCGAUUCCGGCGAAUGGACAAUUCGUACAAGCGUGGAUGGUGGGCAGUGGACACAAGGUAA